CAUGUUUGCGGAAGCUUGGUCACAGCAGCGAACAGGAGGCUUGUCACCUUUUCUGUGUAUGUGUUGUGGCUGUAUUUUAUAAUUCAAAAUGAACCUGCCGAAGGGCCCAGAUUCUCUGUGCUUCGACAAGGAUGUUUUUAUGAAGGAUGACUUUGACGUUGACCAGUUUGUGGCGGAGUGUCGGAAGCAGGUCCAGCUGGAGGAGAUGAGAGAGGACCUGGAGCUCUACUAUAAGCUGCUGAAAACAGCCAUGGUUGAGCUCAUCAACAAGGACUAUGCAGACUUUGUUAACCUCUCCACCAACCUGGUGGGGAUGGAUAAAGCCCUCAAUCAGCUUUCUGUGCCAUUGGGACAGUUACGAGAAGAGGUUAUGAGCCUACGGUUAUGUGUGAGUGAAGUGAUUCAGGCUAUAGACAGCCAGCUGUCCAAACAGGAAGAUCUACAGAAAAAAAAGGUGUGUGUAUUGAGGCUAAUCCAAGUGGUGCGCUCAGUGGAGAAGAUUGAGAAGAUCCUCCACUCACAGAACUCCAAGGAAUCCAGCUCUCUGGAAAUCAGCAGUCCUUUGUUAGCAGGUCAGAUCCUGGAGAGGAUAGCUACAGAAUUCAACCAGCUGCAGUUCCACGCUGUACAGAGCAAAGGCAUGCCCCUGCUGGACAAAGUCAGACCUCGUAUUGCCGGCAUCACCUCCAUGCUGCAGCAGUCUCUAGAGGGCCUGCUGAUCGAGGGUCUGCAGACAUCCAAUGUGGACAUGGUGCGUCACUGCCUGAGGACAUAUGCCACCAUAGACAAGACUCGAGAUGCUGAAGGCCUGGUCGGACAGGUGCUGGUCAAACCGUACAUGGACCAGGUGAUAGUGGAAGAGGUGGUGAAGUCCAGUCCGAACGGUCUCCAGUUGAUGUAUUCUCGACUGCUGGAGUUUGUUCCUCAUCACUGUAGACUGCUGAGAGAAGUGACUGGAGGAGCCAUAUCCAGUGACAAAGCUGACAUAGUGCCAGGUUAUGAUUUCCUGGUGAACUCUGUUUGGCCGGAGAUAAUCAAGGCGAUAGAGGAAAGGUUGGGCUACCUCUUCAACCCUGGAAACCCUGACAUAUUCUAUGAGCGCUACAGCAUGAGUAUGGAGUUUGUCCGAAGGUUUGAGCGUCAGUGCAGCUCGCAGGCCAGUGUGAAGAGACUGAGAGUACAUCCUUCAUACACCAGCUUCUACAACAAAUGGAACCUGCCUGUCUACUUUCAACUACGGUACAAGGAAAUAGCAGGAAGUCUGGAGAACGCUAUAAGUGACGGACUCGAGGCAGCACCAGCUGGCAGUGCAUACCACCUGCAGGCUUCUGAGGUGUUGUGGUCCUGUCUAGUGAGGUGCUGGUCAGACAAGGUCUACCUGUCACCUCUUGCCCAUCGUUUCUGGAAGCUCACGCUGCAGCUCUACUCACGAUAUGCCAAGUUUCUCGAUGAGGUGUUGACUAAGAGUCCAUCCGCUGAGGUGACUAAAGAGCCAACCAGGCCUCUGCCCAGCUCGGCCUCCUCCACCUCCAGCCGAACGUCAAUGGAUGACGGUGGCAGCGAGAGUGGGAGUCCUGCCUCCCUGUCCACCAAACAGCUGGUCUACAUUGCCGCUGACAUCCAAAAGCUUCAGGAACAGAUCCCAGAAUUGUCAGAAACGGUCAGACAGCGUUUAGAAGCGGUCGGAUUCAAAAACUUUGCUAUUGUGGAAGAUGCUCUAGCAGACUCCAAGGCAUGCCUCUCAAGUAGCGUUCCCACUCUGAACGCCAGGAUGACCCAGCAUCUGACUGAACGCUGCUGCCGCUUCCUGAAGAGUGCCUCUGAGGUUCCACGGCUCUACCGCAGGACUAAUAAAGAUCUGCCGGUGCGGGCAUCAGCGUACAUGGACAACGCCUUACGUCCGUUACAUCAGUUGCUGACAGACUCAACAGGGCUGGUCACCCCAUCCACAGCACAAGAAUGGCUGCGAGUUGCACUUUCUGACUGCACACAGAGAUACUAUGAGACCAUCUCAGAGGUGCUGAGCUCCGUGAGAAAGAUGGAGGAGAGUCUGAAGCGACUGAAGCAAGCCAGAAAAGGUGCGACCACAACUACCACAGCAGGAGCAAAUGGUGGACCCACAGAUGACAGCAAGAUCCGUCUUCAGCUGGCACUGGAUGUGGAAUACCUGGGGGAACAGAUCCAGAAGAUGGGUCUUCAGCCGAGUGAUGUCUCCAUGUUUUCCACUCUGAUGGACCUUGUGAAAGAGGCCCGAGAGCUUGCUGAACAGAACCAAUAAAAAGUUGAUUCCACAGUAACUGAAACCCAUUAACAUGCUGCACUCAUCUCUGCAUUUCCUGAAGGAAAAAAAAAACAUUUGGCCCAGUCCAGGCUAAAGGUCAUGGUCUGGUAACAGUCGAUGAUGAUCAGACCAUGAAGAAUGUAGGACAAGAUCUGACAUUAUUGAAAUCCCUUUUCAAGGUUUUGUACAAAAAUAUCUCCAUUUAAUGCAGACCUUAGAUCCACAGUGCACAAACAUUUGAACAACAGGGACCUGCCGGAGUUGCAUCUGACCAGGCUGUAAAUUAUUGUUUGAAACAGCGAUAACUACUAGUUGGAUCCUCGCUGGUUCUGUUGUAGGCACUGUGAAUAAGAGGGACUGUUAUUUUUCUGAUGUGGCAAGAAAGUUGCAAAGACAGAAUCAAACAAUAUUUGUCUAAUUUCUGCUGUUGCUCGGUGAGAGAUUCAUCUCAAAUAAAUAAGUCUUUUAGUGUGUAACGUACAUUUUUGUUAAAAUCGAAUUUGUAUAUUAUUAUAUGUUUAACAUAAUUAACUUGGGGAAAAAAUAAAGAACU